AGAACUUUUAUUUAUUAUGUAAUGGUAGUCGAACUCUCAAAGCGGAUGUACGUUCGUAUAGCAUCAUCAGAAACUUAACGGAUCCGGAUGGAGCGGUUUGAUCGUUUCCACACGAUAGGACAACACGAACAGAAGUCCCACCUUCCCUGCUCUCCUAUUGGUCAGAGUGUGGGUAAUUUCCUAUUCACCCAAUGACAGUUUACAAUGUGGAAGGAAGCGUUGACCUCCCACUGCAUUCACCUCUAAACCGGAGCCAUGUUACGGUCUCUUAGGCUCGUGCAGCAGUUUAACUGCACCCUCCUGACUUCACAAAGAUUUACUCUGAACUCUAAAGUUCUUCUGUCCACGUCCAGAAUGGCCAGCACGGAGUACAGGAUCGAGCGUGAUACCUUUGGCGAGCUGAAGGUCCCUGCUGACAAGUACUACGGUGCCCAAACUGUCAGAUCCACCAUGAACUUCAAGAUUGGAGGACCGAGUGAGAGGAUGCCAAUCCAAGUCAUUAAAGCCUUUGGUAUCCUGAAGAAGGCUGCCGCUGAGGUAAACAAGGACUACGGCCUUAGUCCCAGCAUAGCAGAUGCAAUCAUACAGGCUGCAGACGAGGUCUCGGCUGGUAAGCUGGAUGAUCAUUUCCCUCUGGUGGUCUGGCAGACUGGAUCAGGAACCCAAACCAACAUGAACGUCAACGAGGUAAUUAGCAACAGGGCAAUCGAGAUCCUGGGAGGUAAACUGGGUUCCAAAGAUCCUGUCCACCCUAAUGACCAUGUAAACAAGAGCCAAAGUUCCAAUGACACCUUCCCCACUGCCAUGCACAUAGCCGCAGCCACAGAAGUGCACCAGGUCCUGUUACCUGCCCUCAAGACCCUGCAUGAUGCUCUGGCUGCUAAGGCAGAAGAGUUUAAGGACAUCAUCAAGAUUGGACGUACACACACGCAGGAUGCUGUGCCGCUCUCACUAGGCCAGGAAUUUGGUGGUUAUGUCCAGCAGGUGAAGUACAGUAUAGAGAGGGUGAAGGCCGCCAUGCCCCGAGUGUAUGAACUUGCAGCAGGAGGCACAGCAGUAGGAACUGGACUCAACACUCGUAUUGGUUUUGCUGAGAAAGUGGCGUCCACUGUGUCCAAACAUACAGCUCUGCCUUUCGUGACAGCCCCCAACAAGUUUGAAGCUCUUGCAGCCCAUGAUGCCCUAGUGGAGCUGAGUGGAGCGCUGAACACAGUAGCUGUCAGCAUGAUGAAGAUUGCCAAUGACAUCCGCUUCCUAGGCUCAGGACCCCGCUCUGGCCUGGGUGAGCUCAUUUUACCAGAGAAUGAACCAGGAAGCAGCAUCAUGCCUGGCAAGGUGAACCCCACCCAGUGUGAAGCCAUGACAAUGGUUGCAGCGCAGGUGAUGGGAAACCAUGUUGCAGUCACCAUCGGUGGCAGCAAUGGACACUUUGAGCUCAAUGUCUUUAAACCAAUGAUCAUCAAAAAUGUGCUCAAUUCUGCCCGUCUCCUGGGCGAUGCGACUGUUUCUUUCACCAACAACUGCGUGGUGGGCAUCGAGGCCAACACGGAGAGGAUCAACAAGUUAAUGAAUGAGUCCCUCAUGCUGGUCACAGCACUCAACCCCCAUAUCGGCUAUGACAAAGCAGCCACCAUUGCCAAGACGGCUCAUAAGAAAGGCUCCACUCUGAAGGCCGUGGCUGUGGAGCUGGGCUACCUGACGGAAGAGCAGUUUGAUCAGUGGGUGAAACCCAGUGACAUGCUGGGGCCAAAGUGAACAUGAUAACAUGAUGGACACCAUCGAACAUGGAGACGGCAUUCUGAAGAGAAUCAAUGUCUGUUGUUAAAAAGAAACUGUAUACACAAAAUUUGCUCUAAAUUAUGAACAUCUCUUAAAAUAAUAAUGAAGAAGUCAUACUAUACCUUUUUGUUUGCCUCUUUAUUAUACAAAUCAUUUUGAACACUAACCAAACAUUGAGUUCUUAGUUUUGGAAAACAAUAUUUAAAAAAUUCCCUAAGAAUUUUUUUUACUUACAUUAUAUGGUGACCAGACAUCAGUAUAUGAUAUCAUGAAAUAAGUAAGUAUACCAGAGAAAAAUAUUUGUCCAACAUACAGUAUAUCAGGUUGUCAUAGUGGUUGAGCACUGCCUCUAUACGUGUGAUCUGCCACAGAUGAAACUGGUUUAUAUUACAAAGCAGCAUAUUGAGGUGUAAGGCUGUAAACAUCUGCUGUCAAGUUACUUUUAGUAACAGCUGAAAAAAGUAAACAUGAGAAUUGUAUGUUAAAAUUUUGCUAAUCUCUCAAGUCUGGUAAAUAAUAAUGGGUCAGGAUUAGGUUUUACUGUGAUGAACCUUGAGUUGCCAUGUCUUAUCUCAUGUUGAAAACU